UAUUUCUGUACGGCCCAGGGGCAGCCCUGGCAGUCGGUGGGUCAGGAGAGGUGCUGACAAGGCGGGGCGGGCAGACGCUGGGUUCCUCCGGCUUCACCCCUCCCGUUGGGGACAGGUGGCUGCAGCGCGCCCCGCCUCUGCCAGCUGCGAGUGGGAACGAGAGAGGGCCAGUCCGGGACGGCCACCGCCAGCUGCGAAUCGGGGGACAGCGCGAUCUAGUGCGGGGACAGCCGGCCCAGGGGUCCGGCAGCAGCAAACCGGUAUCCUGGCGGCCAAAAAAAUGCUCCUCUACCGAGGGGCCCCUGCGGCCCCCGGAACGCCGAGAGGCGGACUGGCCCGGGCGGGCAGCGUCCCGCAGGCCUUCAGGAUCCGCCUGAGCACGAUAAGCCCCCGCUACCUCCAGAGCAACUCCUGCAGCCACACGCGACCCUUCAGUGCCAUCGCGGAGCUGCUAGAUAAUGCUGUAGACCCAGAUGUAUGUGCCAGAACGGUCUUUAUAGAUGUUGAGGAAGUCAAGAACAAACCUUGUUUGACCUUUACUGAUGAUGGAUGUGGCAUGACCGCUCACAAGCUCUACCGAAUGCUCAGCUUUGGAUUUACAGAUAAAGUAAUAAAGAAAAGCCAGUGUCCCAUCGGGGUCUUCGGUAAUGGUUUCAAGUCGGGUUCCAUGCGACUAGGAAAGGAUGUUCUUGUCUUCACCAAAAAUGGGAGUACCCUGGCCGUCGGACUUCUGUCACAGACCUACCUGGAGUGUAUCCAGGCACAGGCGGUUAUUGUACCAAUUGUCCCAUUCAGCCAGCAAAACAAAAAAAUGAUUGUUACUGAGGAUUCUUUGCCCAGCUUAGAAGCCAUCUUGAACUACUCGAUUUUCAAUGAUGAAAGAGACCUGAUGUCUCAGUUCGAUGCCAUUCCGGGCAAAAAAGGCACCCGUGUUCUCAUCUGGAAUAUCCGGAGAAACAAAGAUGGAAAGGCCGAGCUGGACUUUGACUCAGAUCAAUAUGAUAUCCUGGUGUCAGACUUCGCUGCUGAAGAAAAAAUGGUUGAUGGUGUGGCCUCUGAGCUGCCAGAAACAGAGUAUUCCUUACGGGCAUUUUGUAGUAUUCUAUAUAUGAAGCCAAGGAUGAAGAUUUUUCUCCGACAAAAGAAGGUGACUCCGCAGAUGAUUGCUAAGAGCCUGACCAAUGUAGAAUAUGAUACAUAUAAGCCUACCUCCACGAAUAAGCAAGUGAGAAUCACAUUUGGAUUCUCUUGCAAAUAUCGUAACCAGUUUGGAGUUAUGAUGUAUCAUAACAACCGCCUUAUUAAGGCCUUUGAGAAAGCGGGCUGCCAGUUAAAGCCAACCUGUGGAGAAGGUGUGGGAGUAAUUGGAGUCAUUGAGUGCAAUUUCCUAAAACCUGCGUACAACAAACAAGAAUUUGAGUAUACCAAGGAAUACCGGUUGACAAUAAAUGCCCUUGCCCAGAAGCUCAAUGCUUAUUGGAAGGAAAAAAUAUCUCAACAGAAUUUUGAGACCUCACCUAUAUCCAGGGGGAUUCCUGACCAGACAUGGGUGCAGUGUGAUGAAUGUCUUAAGUGGAGGAAACUUCCUGGAAAGGUGGAUCCAUCCACAUUGCCUGCAAGAUGGUUUUGUUAUUAUAACCCCCAUCCAAAAUACAAGAGAUGCUCUGUUCCAGAAGAACAAGAACGCAUUGAUGAAGACUUACACUGGAGCAAGGCUAAGCAACAAGUCGAGAUUGUCGAGAAGAAGCAGAAGCCUGUGGAAAGUGACAAGUACCAGGUCUUCAGUAACCCACCAAAGAUUCCUACGCCACAAAAUAUGACUCAACUAAAUGACAAGACAAUUGGAUAUGAGCGAAUCAAUAGCCCCAGGCUGCUUCCAUCUGUUGGAGAAGAAAGCAGAUCACCCCCUCGACUUAAAUCUCUGGAUUCCAGUGCUUUUCAGAUUUCCAGGAAAUACAAAUUAAUCCUAGGCGAGGAGCCUGCAGAGAAACGAAGGAAGAUCCAAACUGACACGACGCUAUGUCCUAUAGAUUAUUCCAUGUCUAGUUAUUACAGGAGGGUAGAAGCAGCCACUGCUUACCCAGAAGGAGACAACAGCCCUGAUAAAUCCAGUUCUGAGAGAAGUACACCACCACAUCUCAUACCAGAAUACCCAGAAUCAAACAAGCGUGCAGAACAGAAUAGGGAAGCCCCAGCGCUUUGUCCAGGGUCCCAGGACCAAGAUCAGGGGUUUCUGCUUCCUGAAGAAUUAGAAGAUCAGAUGCCAAAAUUGGUAGCAGAAGAGUCUAACAGAAGUAGUGAGAACAUAGACAAAGACAUGAAUAAAGGGCCUUUUGUAGCUGUUGUCGGUGUUGCUAAGGGAGUUGCCGAUUCAGGAGCUCCCAUCCAGCUAGUUCCCUUUAACAGGGAAGAGUUUGUAGGCAAAAGAAAGAGAGCAGAAUCCUGGAAGAGAGCACAUCCUUAUUCUUCUGCGGCUCCUGCAGCCACUGCUGGGAAUGGAAAGGGCUGCCAGGAGAGCAGAAGUCGAAACAUGGCAAAGACAAAGAACCGGAAACAGUUGGAAGAAUUGAAGAGAACCACGGAAAAAUUGGAACGUGUUUUGGCUGAAAGGAAUUUGUUCCAGCAAAAGGUAGAAGAGCUGGAACAGGAGAAAAAUCACUGGCAUUCUGAAUAUAAGAAAGCUCAACAUGAAUUGGUGACCUAUAGUACCCAGGAGACAGAAGGCUUAUACUGGAGCAAGAAGCACAUGGGUUAUCGCCAAGCUGAAUUCCAGAUUCUGAAAGCUGAGCUAGAAAGAACCAAAGAGGAGAAGCAAGAACUGAAAGAGAAACUGAAAGAGACACAGUCACACCUGGAAGUAUUGCAGAAGGCCCAGGUCUCCUUCCGGAGCCCAGAGGGAGAUGACCUAGAAAGGGCUCUGGCCAGGCUCACUCGGCUACGUGUCCACGUCAGCUAUCUCCUUACUUCUGUCAUCCCUCACUUGGAGCUUCGUGAGAUCGGGUUUGACUCAGAACAAGUGGAUGGGAUCCUGUACACAGUGCUGGAGGCAAAUCACAUACUGGACUGAGCACCAGACUAUAUAUCCUCUCCUAGCUUUCUUUUCUCUCAUCUGCCUGUGUACUGAAUGUCCUCCCUUGUCGUGUCUCUUCUUUCUCCCCUUCUCCCUUCCUACCCCUCCCCCAGACCCCAGCCUCUUUCUUUCACCCUUAUGCCUUAUAUGGAGAAUCUUUGAAUGAGUCCUGGCUCUUAAUCACAUUCAUGGUGGGUGUGAAGAGAGAGGCCCAUUAAACAGCCUUGUAAGAGUUCAGGAACAGCAAAGCAAUAGUCACCAAGUUAGGUGACCUGAAAGUUCUAAUUUUGAUGAUCUAGAUACUUGGCCUGUUUCAUAUUCUUGAUAAUGGAUUGUAUUGAUUUAGGUUAAAUCAGUCAGCAAAUGUUGGGUCCAAUGUACUUGGUGGGCCAAGUAAUGAUUUCAGCCCUGCCAAGGUUCUAACAAUCUAGUUGGAAGCACAAGGCCCACCAAAUUAUCUAACUAUACCAAGAAGGGUAUGGUGUAUGUGAGUGGUACACACAUGACACGGAAGGUAGAGGAGAGAAGUUUAAAGGAAGGCAGUACACUGUAAUUGGGACCUAAAUGAAGCUUUCAAGAGUGAACGUGAGUGACAACACUCUUAAGGAUGGUUGGUGCUUAGGUGGUAGGAUUAUGAUUGAUGAUUUUUUUUUCUUCCUAUCUUCUUGCCCUGUUCAAAUUUUUUUUUCUCUAACAUUCUUGUCGCUCUUCUUACAUUGGAAAAUAAAUUGUUUUGAAAGCUAACAAGUAGGCUUGAA